AUGAGCACAAUCAAGAUGAUAUUAUUAAGCGGCUGGUAUAUAAAGGAAAAUUUAAAUAUUCUUUAAUUUUCCUAAUGUUUACUUAUUGCUGUUAAAAACAUACUUUAAUAAUAUUAAAUAUAUAGAACAGAUUAAGUAUAAAACUUAAAAGAAUUUCUUUAUGGAAGAAUAUUUUUUUCUAAAGUAAAAGAUUUUAACAUCUCUUUAUAAAUAUCAGGAAAAGGUAAGUUUGCUAAAAGUGCUUUUAAUAAAAUCAAAUUCGAAGAUGCUAAAUGUGAUCAAAAAAAUGAAUCAACAAUUUAGUAGAUUUAAAUUAAUAAUCUGCUAAACAAUCAAGCUUUUGUUAACAGAAAAGAAAUAAUUUUUGGAAGAUAUAAAUUAUUAUCUAAUAAUGGAUUUAUUUUCUGUCAAAAGAACUUUUUUUUAAUUAUUUAGUAGCCUAAAUCCUUGUAAAUUUAAAAUUAAAUUGUCAUUCUAAUGUGUUAUUGCUAUUUACUUUAAAAAAAAAUGUUAUGUAUAGGGAUAUAAAAUAAUCAGCUAGUUUGA